GAUUUUGAUAACGAAGAGUCAACCCGGUCGAAUGGUAGAAGGAGCAACUGAGGGGCCCCGUUCAGUACCGUCAGGCCCCGAAGUAGUUGAGGGAUAGUAAACAAAGGUAGGACUGUGAGUCCCGCAUUACUUUUACUCCAAUGGACUCGUGAAUAGGAUCCCGUGAAUGGCUGUGGUAUUUGUGCGAAUAUUCCGCAAUGCGUAAGGGAGAACAUGCGGUGCACAGGCCAUUAGUCAAAUAGUGUGGCCAGCAACAGAACUACCCAUCAUUUUCAAAUUUUAAAACCUCAAAGACAUCAAGGUUUUAAAGUUCAAUAUGGAAGUUAGAGGAGAUCGUACACAAAGCAUCUUAGAGAUUGAUAAUGCACAGCAGCCAAACGAUACCAAUAUAGUUGAUUGGAAUGUCAAUAUGAAACUGACAUUGCCAAAUUCAAAAAGGGAGAAAAUUUUCCGAAGAAUAAGAGAUUCGCUAGUUUUCAUAUUAGCUAUUGCAUUUGCCAUUUUAUUAUCCAAUGUCAAGAAAGAAGUGCAUGCUUUACAAGUGCAGGUGCAUUGUAUGAACACAAAUCUGGUAAUUCUAAUGUUCAAAUACGACAAACUACACAGGAAUUUCAAUCGUGCAUGGUUUCAACAUUUGAAAGACAAGUCGCAACGGUCUCCAUAUAACUUAGAUGUACAGGAACUUCCGGAUAAUUUCUUCGAGACUUCCAUAUCGGAUGAUGAAUUAAAAAGCAUUGAAACACAACACAGCUCCGACCCGACGAACGCUACCAGCAAUUUGCAGAAGACUGGGACACAAUUUCCAAAUACAGUAACAAUAAUGGCGAACAGAAAUGGUUCAUCAACAAAUUCAAAUAGCAAAACAAGUGCAAUGACUAAGCACAAUUUUAAUUCCCAUCAUUUGAAUGACACUGAGAUUGGGGACUAUGACGAGAAAGAAAUAGUUGUACGAGUCGAGAGAGCAAACUUAACUAACGACGAACAGAGUUCCAUAUCGGAUGAGCGAUCGCGUUUUAAAAGCUACGAUACUGAUGACGAUCAGACUUCGUGGACCGAAUCUCGCAGAAGCAGAUCGCGAAGGGAUGAUGGAAGAGGUAAAAAACGGAGAAAGAGCCAAAGGCGGCCCAAGCGCAGUCGCAGGCGAUUGGGUCCGUUGGUAGCAACGUUUAUAGGAGCUGUGCCAGAACAGCAAGUAACGGAUACAGGUAUUUACAUUGGACCAUGGGUAAAAAGUACUAAGAAUGAGUCACAGUACAAUCUUAAUAAAUUUCAUUUGGUAGAGGACAAGAGAUCUAUCGAAGUGACCACCAGUGGCCUUUACAUGAUUACCACUCAAAUUUUCUACUUUGGUGAACAUACGCAUUACUCCUAUUGGAUUCUGUUAAGUUCGGAGGGUUCUUCUACAACCAAAAAAAUUGCUAAAUGCGCUACGGACUCUACUAUUCCAGCUACAGAAAUAUCAUGUUAUACAGGUGUGGUGAUGCCAUUGCGUAGAGGUGACAGAUUACGCUUACAACAGCAAGAACGCGACAGGUUAAUUAAUUUACGUGCUGGUCACAGUUACAUUCAGCUGGUAUUAUUAUCCAGUGAUGCUCAGAGAAGACACCCUUGGUGAAACAAGAAUAAGAUAUUCUGGUUCAAUAAUUCCCUUAAGUUAAACUCCGGAAAGAUCUCAUUGCCAAAUAUAACAUUUGGCAAUAGAAUAAAGAGAACGACUUAUAACCGUAUGCUGAUAACACCAAUCUUGACUGUUGUUAAUUUUUAUGCAGUCUAUCUUAGCAGUAUCGAUACAACAAUCUUUACGUUUUCAAUUGAUUGUUACUAUGCCUUAGAGCAUAGACCGGUAUAGCUUGCGAGAGAAAAUUUAUGUUUAAUACACAAUUAGUCUUUAAUUGUGACCGUGAUAAUGUUUUUUGUCUUUAAUUAAUAGUCACUAUCAAACAACAAGAAUUUGUAUGGUUACCAACAUGUUAUCCAACGAAUUUGAAUAACGUGAUAAUUCGAACUAUGUGCCCUAUAGGCAUAAAAUUCAAAUCAUCUAUAAAUGCCUUGAUGCAAAAUUGAGGUAGUCAGAGAUACGAUAUUUUUAAAAUCAGUCAAUUCUCACUUUUUCAAUACAUCAUUGUUUAAAAACACUGCCAUAGCUUUUGGGCAUACUAUCGAAUAAUACCAAAUACUUAAAACUUUUCUAUAGUGAGCAAUGCUUCCUAACUAUACUGCUUAACUAUUGUGUACGGCAAAGUAUGUACUGUUUGUUGUAUACUUAAUUUUGUUUACGUCUUAAGGCUAAUUGCCAAUUUGUACAUAAAAUCAAGUGAAUUUUAGACGUGCAAUGUUAAUUAACGUCUGCUGUACGUGUCGAGAAUAUUUUAGCGUUUAUUACCGCUUCACGAAUACAUUGAUGAGCCGAAUAAUUUAGAGCAUUUAUAGAAUAGGGUUACUGAAGACGUAUAAGCUCAAACAGUUAGAAUAUAUAAUAACAUAAAAAAAACCUGUGUGAGGUGGAUAAAGUAUUUAUUGUUAUCGGUAUAACGUUCAUUAUAAAAUAAUCAGGAAAUGAGAAAUGAUACAAAGAGAUAAAUGGUAGUUAAUCUUAGUGUUCAUUUUUGGUAAACGUAUUCAUACUUUUAUCUUGAUAUAAAAAGAAAUGUACAUGCCAUCUUUAAAAAGCAUAUACUUCUUGUGGAGAAAUAAUUUCAUUGACUUUAUCCACCUUGUACAGAUUAAAUCAUGGUGAUAAUUAACGCGCUGUCAUAUGUAUAAUAUAUUAAGUGAUAGUUAUUUUUUAUAGCUGCUUCAUUACGACGUCAUAUUUUUUAUAUAUUUUUAUUACAGUUUAUAUUAGUCAAUUGUGACAAAGCACUACGUUUUUAUAUGAACGAAUCAGCGUUAAACUUCGUGACUUUAAGAAUAUACAGUGCCAUUUUAUUUUAUUUCCUCUGGUGCUUUUGUUGUAUUUACCUAUUGUAAGAAAUAAAGGACCAUUUUGUAAAAGUUUCUCGUGCUUUCAAUUUUUUAAAUUUGUUAAUUAACACAAAAAUUCGUUAAGCAACAUCCUUCUAAUCCGUUUAUCCUAAGGAGUUACCAAAAAUCUUUAGAAUUUUCGGACGUGUCUCCCUCUGCAGGACUGUCACAUCCGUCAUUAAUUUGCAAAUUCCCAUUGUCAUUAACGUUUACUUUGUCGAUUGCUUCGUUCAGCGACAAACCUUUCAAAGUUCCUUGUAAAAUUUUCAACAUCUUCUCUAUCAAUUCUACAGGAAUCUGUAAUAUGGCCUCUUUCCUUUUCAAGUCUCUUGCAACUGAUUCGACAUUACUCUCUCCAUUGAAAUCUCUUAUCGGCAUUACCAACUGUUUCAAUUUCUUAUCCGCUUUAUAUUCCAGUAACAAACAUGGAACUUUUAUAUUUAUUCCAAAUUUUGUCAAAGUUAAAUGACUCAUGUCGCAACAAUCUAUUAUCUAGAGGGACGACAUUAGCUACUGGCUACUUUGUAUCGAUUACCAUAGUCGUAUACUGAGUUAUUAUUUCCGUUACCAUGGUAACAGGUAUUAUUCAUAUUACUGAAAACUAUUUACUAUGGCAAGAACUAAAUCGUGAGUGAACUGUACCAGUUCAAAAGUUGACACUGGAUUGUUCAAAUCUUACAUUGAAACUUGUGUUAUUUUGCGGUCCGUAGUAAUAACUUAAAGAAAAACACUAUCAACAGACAAAGAUUGCAAUAGAAUAAGGGAGAAGAAAAACAAAAUGUAAAUAAAGCACAAUUGAAGAUUAAAGAUAUUAUCGAAACAUUAAAUACCAAUAUAAAGAAAACAUCAGUGAUACUACUUGAGAAUGGAUGGCUCAAUAAACUUUCCACAUAUUCUGAUGAUGCUGGCCGUCAAAGGACAUCAAGCCUAGGUCCAAUUCCUUGAUGAUGUUGCAUUAAGCACUGGAGCCAGUCAUGUGGCAGAUACAAUUCAAGAUGAUUCCGUUCGUCAUGGCCAAAAGUGCAGGAGUCAAGAGUUGUCAUCCUAGAGAGAAAAAUGUGAUGUAGUAUUCAAUGACUUGGAAAGUAUUGUAAUUACGAUUAUCAAUAAUCCUGGGCCUACUGCCUGACGAACUUUAAAUACUUUCUCUGAUC